AUGGCGCCCAAAAUCAAUCAUCCGCCCAACGCCAUCUUCUUUGAAGACCACGAUGCGUCGGCUCAUCCCCCGGUUCAUGCCCACGAUUCCGUCUACUAUGGCGGAAAGGAGUUCCACAGCCGAGCGCGCAGCUACAGCAACUCUGUCCCCUCUGACCGUCGGAUGCAAGCUGCCGCUAACGAAGCGGUAAACCGAGGUCGAAGGAUGUCUCACGAUGAAAAGGGAAAUGCCCCCCGACGAUUCCUUAUCGAUGUCGACGAGACCAUUCGCCUCGUUCUAGAGCAAGAAGAUACUGAUGGUGAUUUCCAGAUCAGCGUCACAGAUUCCGGCCCAAAAGUGAUGUCCCUUGGCACGGCGACCAGCAAUGGCUUUAAGAGUUUUGAUAUCCGAGGAACAUAUAUGCUGUCGAAUCUUCUCCAAGAGCUUGCACUCGCUCGCGACCACGGGAGGAAGCGCAUCGUUCUCGACGAGGCGCGCCUCACCGAAAACCCGGUCGACCGUCUCUCCCGUAUGAUCCGUACCUCGUUCUGGAACUCCCUUACUCGGCGCAUCGACGGCGACGGUCUGGAAAUCAUUGUUGCUGAUCCCAAAAACCGUACGGCCAAUCUGAAGCCUCGCAUUUACGUUCCUGCUGGUGAGCCCAAGAUGGCCGAGUAUUACCGCAAGGUAGCCAGGGACAAGCCUCAUCUUGGCCUGGAAGUCGAGGUUAUGCCACCCAAGUGUGAUGACCCUGUGUAUGUCAAGAGUCUGAACGAGAGUCCCGGAAUUUUAGCUCUUGCUAUGCGGGAAGCGCCCGAUGGGCAAGGGGGGACAACUCUAAAGGGCAUUCCGUUCAUUGUGCCUGGGGCACGUUUCAAUGAGCUGUACAACUGGGACUCGUACUUUAUCUCGCUGGGACUAUUGGUUGAUGGCCAAGUCGAGAUGGCACAAGGAAUGGUCGAGCAUUUCAUAUUUGAGAUCAAGCAUUAUAAUAAAAUCUUGAACGGAAGCCGUAGCUACUACCUCUGCCGUUCGCAGCCGCCAUUCCUCACCGAUAUGGCCCUGCAAAUUUAUAACCAACUCGAUCGCCGCAACUAUGAUGCCAACCACCAAUGGCUCAAGCGUGCUAUCCAAGCCGCUAUCAAAGAGUACCACAGCGUCUGGAUGUCUCUUCCUCGUCUCGAUCCCAAGACGGGUUUGUCUCGCUAUCGUCCUGAUGGUCUUGGUAUCCCUCCCGAGACGGAAGCUACCCAUUUCACUCACAUCCUAGAGCCUUAUGCACGCAAGCAUGGUAUCUCCAUUCUCGAGUUUAGCGAAAAGUACAACGACGGCGUUAUUAGCGAGCCCGAGCUCGACGAGUAUUUCCUCCAUGAUCGCUCCGUCCGUGAAUCUGGCCACGAUACGACCUACCGCUUUGAAAAACGAUGUGCCAAUCUCGCAACUAUUGAUCUCAACGCCUUGUUGUACAAGUAUGAGAUUGACAUUGCGACGGCUAUCAGGGAUGUGUUUGACGAUGCUCUCGAGCUCGAGGACGAGUUCCUUCUUUCGCCAUUUCCUCCUUGCCCCGAGGUAUUCGAUGAGACUGGUCCCAAGGAAAAGAGACUCAGCACUAAACAUGUGCAGUCUAGCGAUGAGUGGUUCCAACGUGCGCUGUUCCGAAAGGACAGGAUCGACCAGUACCUCUGGAACGACGGCAAGAAGCUGUAUUUUGACUACGACACUGUUCGCGAGAAGCAGAUUCUCUACGAGAGUGUCACCGCCUUCUGGGCGAUGUGGGCUGGAUGCGCGAGCGAGGAACAGGCCUGGAAACUCGUUUCUCAAUCGAUUACCAAGUUCGAGGUCAUUGGCGGUCUCGUCUCUGGAACUGAGGAAUCGAGAGGUAAAAUCUCUUUGGACCGCCCCAAUCGUCAAUGGGAUUUCCCAUACGCCUGGCCGCCUCAUCAAAUCAUGGCCUGGGUUGGUUUGGAGCGAUACGGCUAUCUCGAAGAGGCACAACGUCUUGCCUAUCGCUUCCUGUACAUGAUGACCGUUGCAUUUGUCGACUUUAAUGGUGUUGUCCCUGAAAAGUUCGACGCCGUGAAACUGUCUCACAUGGUUGACGCUGAAUACGGUAACCAAGGAAUUGACUUCAAGAUGAUUCCUCGCGAGGGCUUUGGGUGGAUGAACUCCGCAUACCAAGUAGGACUUUCCUUCCUCACCCAGCACAUGCGACGGGCUGUCGCAGCCUGCACAAGCCCCGAAGUGUUCUUCCGCAACGAGCCCAAUGCUGCGUCUGGCGCUGCUCGUGACUACCAGGCUUCUACCGAUCCUCUUGGUCUGGCGAUGGAAAGCCUGGCGAUGUCUUAA